AUGAGCGCAGCCGUAGAAAACGGCGUGGAGGCCUCGAAGCCGCGCGGCGUUUUCUCGAGGGCAUUUGCUAAACGGGCGCAGCCCUUCGAGGAAGCCUUCAACACUUUAAACCGCUUGAACAAGGAAGGCGAAGCACUUGCCCUGCAGGAUGACCUCACAGCGCACCCCACCUUGGCUUUGAUGCAACGCAUCCUUGCAGAUGCACAGGCAAAAUUUCGCGUGAUGGUGGAGGAGAACGCAGCGACCGGCGCCCGGCUUGACGGCGAGCUGGAGCGAGCGAGGGGCGAGUGCGCCACGCUUCGCGGCGAAUUAAGGGAUGUUCGUGGCGCGUUGCCGGUUGUUUUGAACAAUAACAACGGCGGCGGUGGUUCGGGGAGUAACAGCAGCGUCUCUGCUGGUAACAGCAACAACAACGCCACGAACAACGCGAGUCCUGGACAACAGGAGCCGGUUGAAUUGCAGCAACAAUCGCAGGACGCUGGUAACAGCCCUGUGGACAAGAGGAGCUCCGCCAGCGAUAAGUCGGCAAGUCCUAUCGAUAAGAGGACCAGUCCUGUAGACAGGAAAGAGAGAGCCAGUCCUAUCGAUCGACACGCCAGUCCAAUAGAGAAGAGAAAUGGCUCACCGAGUCGCAGUCCGAGCGAGAAGGCGCGCAGACCUUGCGCUCCGGCGUUGGAGAAAACGCGUCUGGGUGGUUCCGGUGGCAGCGUGGACUCUCGAUCAGGAAGCGCAAGUCCCGAUCGAGGAUCUACAAAUAGAACGAGCAGCAUCUUCCAUCGCGGUGGUAGCGAUCGGUCGAGCGUGGAACGGCUACGUAUAACCACGACUAAUCGUGAUUCCUUGCGAUCCAGCAAGGAGAUGAACGACCACGAGAAGGACAUCGACAAGGAUCUAGUGGACGGUGAGGUGCGGGUUGACGAGGACAAUGAACCACCUGGACCAGCCCCGGGCAGCAGACCCUCGUCGCCAGCUAAUUCCCUGGGAAUCGGUGAUCCAUUGGUAGCGUCGAGGCUAUCAAACAUUCAUGGAGGCGGAGGAUGUAGCGGAUCGGUGGAGCUUGCCAGCACCAGGCGACUUCGAUUGGAGAAUGAACGUCUGGUAGCGGAAGUGGCAAGAUUGAGAAGAUUGUUAUUCACCGGAGCGGCACGUGGCGAAGUCGGCUCGGAGGACGCGGUACUCGAAGAGGAGGCACGAUUUGUUGCCCUCGAAGUGGAACUGCAACACGCCAAGGAUGCUCUACAGGCACUUAAGGCCGAUCGCAAAAGACUCAAGGCCGAAAAGUUCGAUCUUCUUAAUCAAAUGAAAGCACUUUACGGCACCCUCGAGGACAAGGAGCGGGAAUUACGGGACUUUAUCAGGAACUACGAACAGCGGAUGCGCGAGAACGAGGCGACCUUAGGACGGCUUCAGCAGCAAGGAGUUGGUAUACCUUCAGAGGAGCGUGAACGUGAACGCGAAAGGGAACGUUGGAGCCUUCUAAGGGCGGCCAGGGACGAAGCAGAUCGAAGUCUCAGCCUCGCGGCUAGUUUGGCCGACAAAGAGGCCGCCCUUUCGCACGCACACGCGACCAUAAAAGAGUUGCAGCGUCAAUUGGCUGAAAGGGGUGGCAGCGGUGGUAUCUGCUUGAGCGACCAGGAAUCCUUGGUCUCGUUCCCGAGAGGCAGCGUGAAUGGAGCGGCGACACCGGGCGCCGGAAGUAGCAGUGGCGGCGGUGGAUGCGGCGUGAUCCCUCAUAUGAAUUCUCAACCGCCAUUAGGGAGCACGGAGCUAGGAGUGACUGUUGGGAACGUCGGCAAUGCGGCAGGUGCAGGCUCUUCCGGUGGACAGGCGGGUGAUCGCGGAAGUUGCAGCGCGGAUAGCGGGGUUCGUGGUUCCAGCGACAGAGAAAGCGGCGGAGCGACCAGCGUGGGUGGGAACCUCUCGGAUUCUACCACUGACGGCACACCGACAAUUACGGUCGAGGGAAGCGGUCUCGACAUGGACAGCAUCUCCAUGGUAUCCUCCAUUGCACCAUCCCACAUAUACCAGUCGGCUACCACGCCGAAGGAUUGCAGCCCGACGUUGUCGCCGCUGAACGCGUUCUCCAGGUCCAUGGACAAUUCCUCGCUAUCAAGAUCGGUGGAACAGUUGUCGAGCCCGUUGGAAUCUGAGCCGAGAAGAAAUAAGCAGAACACACCUGUCGCAGCACCUGCCGCGCACUCGCGCUCCUCCGCAACCCGUGGAGGCACUUGGGGCUCUAUUUCUAGAGUGUUCGCACGUACGCGACAUCGAAAGCCGGCGAACAACUCGAGCGGCGGGAGCGGAAGUAACGAGGGCUCGGAUGGCUUCGAUCCCUAUAGGUCAUGGUCUCCACUGACGGAAGAAGGCUACGCUGAGAAGCUUCGUUUGCUUAGAGAAGCCGCAUCCGUGCCUAUGGAACGAUGGAGAGCACCUACUGUGCUGGCAUGGUUAGAAGUUGCCCUUGGAAUGCCUCAGUAUGGUCCACGAUGCGCUGAAAAUGUGAAAUCUGGAAAGGUGUUGCUAGAGCUAAGCGACGCAGAAUUGGAAGCAGGACUGGGAGUGACACACCCUCUUCACCGGAAGAAGCUGUGUCUAGCCAUCGAGGAGCAUCGACAUCCAAGUCGCGUUCGAUAUCCUUGCAUUGCUCAACUAGGUCACACUUGGGUCAGUUCAGAAUGGUUGCCUGACCUUGGACUCGCGCAAUAUUCCGAAAGUUUCGCCACUAAUAUGGUAGACGCACGGAUGCUCGAUCAUUUAAGCAAGAAGGAACUGGAGAAGCUGCUUGGUGUCACCAGGAAGUUCCAUCAAGCUAGCAUCGUGCAUGGUAUUCAUCUUCUGCGAAUGUUGAACUACGAUCGUCAGGCACUUGCUGUUAGAAGACACCAGUGCGAGCAAGUGGACACGGAUCCUUUAGUUUGGACGAAUCAGAGGUUCAUUCGGUGGGCGAGGAACAUCGAUCUGACUGAAUAUGCUGAGAAUUUGAAAGAUUCAGGUGUGCAUGGCGCUCUCGUCGUGCUAGAGCCAUCCUUCACCGGCGACACUAUGGCCACAGCCCUGGGUAUACCUCCAGCGAAGCACAUGAUCAGACGGCACCUCACCGCCGAACUGGAAGCACUCGUCGUUCCAGCAAGAAGUCAGCUGGAGGUGGUCCCGAGGAACAGCACCGGCGGGAGUCGUCCGAUGAGCACAGUGAGCACAGGCGGUAGCCUCGGUCGAGGAAGCAGAGCGCUGCACCUUCAACACCACCAGAGCUCCCUCUCGGCCCUCCACAUGACUGCCAAUCAUUCUGGAACGGUUGAUAGACGCAGAUCCAGCCUCAGGACCUGCAGUCUUCUUUACUUGAAAAAGUUGUCGUGGAAGAGCUCACAGGGAUCGUUAAGCAGAGCGUUCGGUCUACGACCCAGAAGCGAGAAGGCGUCGCCGUCGUCGUCGUCGGACACCGGAAGUUUGGCCAGCCAGUACAUGAGCAGCGCUCGAAGCAAUUCACCACCGCCUCCCCAAUUGCCACCGAGACCGAUCACCGGGAACAAAAGGCACCGUAGAGUGAAGAGCAUCGGUGAUAUCGACUAUAUAACAAGCGCAGCAUACGGCUCCUAUUCCGGCUACAGCAACGUUCUGCCAGGCGAUCCGUAUCAGUACCAGCAGUCGGUUGGUAAUUACUAUCAGUUGAAAGGUGGUUAUUACUCGCCACAGAGCACGGGACCGCCGUUUCCAGGUGUACAGAGAUACGGUAGCCUGGCAGAGGAAGCGUGGUCUUGCACUACGAAAGACGACAAGACAACACCGAGGACUUAUUUAGCUUAGCCAGUCCUGCCGGGAUAAUUCCGUUCUGGACUAUCUAGUAGUUGCGAGAUGGAUUGUUCGAUUCAG